UACACAUGGAAGUCACGGUCACACACAGUCACCAUCAGUAGCGUGUAGCGCGUACACACUCUAUUCAUUCCCUCCAAAGCCAAAUGGACUUUAUAUUUGUAGUUACAGCUACGGGAUAACACUGGCUUACGAAACAUGUUAAAUACUAUUGAUGUGAUCUUACGGUAUUGAGGAGUUUUUACAUCAACUAAAAAGUGGAACCACAUGUCAUUGUUCAUUCAAAUGAGAACCACGUUAUUGGCCUUGAUAUAUGUUACAUGUAGUACACAUCGGAAUAUUGCAAUCUCACUCACUACAGGAAAUAAUUUCGUUUGGAAAAUACAUUACUUUGGAAUAUAUUCUGAGAAGAAUUGAUUGGAACUGGUCUAAAGUCCAUGCCCACCCAUGGUUGUUCUUUCAAACUCUACUAAACUUGCAGCAAUCUACAAAUCGAGGCAAGAUGAAAAGGGGCAGGGUGUUAACCCCGAAGCAGAUGGAACGGGUGAGGGACCACCGGUACGUGGUGGAAGGGAGAACCCUUCUGGAUCCUAUCAUGCAAGUGUUGUGGUGUCGGCUGUUUAGUAUGAUCCCACCAAGAAUCAACUGCAAUGUCAUCACCAUGGUUGGCUUAGCACUCAAUAUGACCAGCUUUACAAUCCUUAUGUGUUACUCCCCCACCGCGACCGAUGAGGUUCCAUUGUGGGCGUGUGCACUGGCCUCGGUAACCAUGUUCCUGUAUCAGAUCUGCGAUGCUUUGGAUGGGAAGCAGUGUUUGCGCGGACUAGCCAACAAAAAGGACUGGCAUAUUGCGGAGAUAGUUGACCACGCGAGCGACUCUGUCUCCACAGUCUUUGUGACCAUCCAGUUAGCAAUCUGCAUGCGGAUUGGUGAACGGCCUGAGCUAUUUUUGACACUGAUGCUUACGGCGAUGUUCAUGUUCUUCACAGCGCACUGGCAGACUUACAUCUCCGGAGUGGUCAGAUUUGGAACACUAGACGUGACAGAGUCGGAGCUCGCACUUUGCUUUGGUUACCUGUUAACAGCGAUCAUUGGACAACAGUUCUGGGCCCAAAAGGUGUAUGGGGUGGAGUGGAGAGAGGCUGUGGUGAUUUCUUCAGCAGUGAUGGCCGUCAUCAAGUUGGUCAACCAUGCCAUAUUCAUCUGGAGACGAGGUUACAGGCUAACCGUGGCGGGCACAAGUGUGUUUUCGCCGUUUCUGAGCAUCGCCAUGGUCUUCGUUUUGGCUAUCAUUACCAAGGAGAUGACAGACUUAUGUGACUAUCAGCCAUGCAUCUUUUUCAUCGUGUUUGGACUGCUGGAAGCAAAGAUGUCCAACAAACUCAUGGUAGCUUACAUGACCAAGUCCAAGUUUACUCCGAUGGACUCCAUUUUUCUUGGCCCGCUGGUUCUUCUAGCAAACCAGCUCUUGAAUAAUCCACUGUCAAGCCAUUUGCUACUUUGGGCCGUCGUGGUCUACACUGCAGCUGAUCUGUUUUACUACAUCAGAAUCGUGGUCCUGGAUAUCUGUGACCUACUUCACCUGACAUUCUUUUCAGCAUACGUGAUCAAGGAACCAGCACAUGGUGACGUUAUCAAUGGUAGCAGUGGCAAGAGAAACGUAGAUGCGAACAAAAAUUAAACAACUGUUGGAUACGGAAAGAUAAAAAAAAAAAAUGGUGGCAGCAGUGGGAUAAAAAAGUUGGUUCAAGACCAACUAAUGAUCAUUUUUUUUGUUAUAUUGUAUAGUGUUGACAUUAUACGGUCAAAGAAGUCACUCAAAUGAAAUCAUGUGGUUCAAUUUUUUUUCAAAUGGCAAUACAUGUACAUGUAUAAGUAUGAGCACUUGGACAGUUGGUAACUCUGUGUGAUGUUUUAUUUUGAAAACGUUGGGCUGUAUCCCUCCCAGGAAUUGUCGCAAACUUAUCUUAGGGAUAACCUACGUCAUCAUUUCAGAAAAAUGUUAUCAUCAUGUAAAUGAAAUAUGACUGUUCAUUUUUUAGCAAAUACGUGUACAUGUGGACACAAGUUAUGGUCAACAUUAUUAUGUAUUUUGAUUUUAAAACAUUAAAGUGUUAAAUUUGAAAUGAA